GGAGCCCGGGUAUGGAUUCCCGACUCGGAAAUUGUGUGGCGGGCCGCUGAACUUCUGGAAAAUUAUACUGGGCAGAAAUCAGUCAAGAUCCAGUAUGAAGAUGGAGAGAAUUCGGAACUGGCAGUCAAAGAUAAAAACAGCCUUCCACAUCUACGGAACCCCGAAAUCCUUAUCGGAGAAAACGACCUGACUUCUCUCAGUUACCUAAACGAACCAGAAGUACUCUAUAACCUGCAGGUGCGGUUUGCUGAAAGGAACAUUAUCUAUACGUACUGUGGUAUUGUGUUAGUGGCCAUUAAUCCGUACGAGGAGGUACACAUCUACAGCAAUGACAUCAUCCAGGCUUACAGUGGACAGGACAUGGGCGCCAUGGAUCCUCACAUCUUCGCCGUCGCCGAGGAAGCCUUCAAACACAUGUCAAGGUUUGACAGGAACGAGUCCAUCAUCGUUUCGGGCGAGUCCGGGGCAGGAAAAACGGUGUCUGCCAAAUACGCCAUGAGAUAUUUUGCCACUGUUGGGGGCUCGCAGGCCGAGACCAUGGUCGAGCAGAAAGUGUUGGCCUCUAAUCCAAUCAUGGAGGCAAUUGGCAACGCUAAGACAACGAGAAAUGACAACAGCAGUAGAUUCGGGAAAUACCUGGAGAUCUCCUUCAAUAAACAGCAUGAAAUUGUUGGCGCCCAUAUGAGGACAUACCUGCUGGAGAAGUCAAGAGUGGUUUUCCAAGCUUCUGAGGAGCGUAACUACCACAUAUUCUAUCAGCUGUGUGCGUCUGCUAACCGGCCCGAGUUUAAGAAGUUCCAGCUAAUGAGUCCUGAUGACUUCUUUUACACAAGCUGUGGUCAAGCGCCAGAAAUCCAGGGAGUGGACGACUCAGAAAACCUUAUCCUUACGAUGGAGGCCCUGACCUUAUUAGGUGUUGGAGAAAGACAUCAAAUGAUGCUUUUCCAGAUUCUGUCCGGAAUUCUCCAUUUUGGGAAUGUAAAAAUAGCAGAAGCUGAGGGAGAGUCAUGUGAAAUUCCGGCCAAGGACAAAUCUCUGGCUACCUGCUGUUCUCUACUCGGGAUUGAGGAGUCUCAGAUGAGGAUGUGGCUCUGUCACAAAAAAAUCGCGACUGUCAACGAGGUCCUCACUAAACCUCUCACCGCUAGCCAGGCCAGUUUUGCGCAGGAUGCCCUGGCGAAACAUAUCUACGCUGAGGUGUUCACAUGGAUCGUCAACAAAGUCAACAUAACACUUCAAAGCACCACCAAACAAUACAAGUUCAUCGGAGUUCUCGAUAUUUACGGAUUUGAAACGUUUGAAAUCAACAGUUUUGAGCAGUUCUGUAUUAAUUAUGCCAACGAAAAACUACAACAGAUAUUUAACAGUCAUGUCUUUAAGCUCGAGCAGGAGGAGUAUGUACGGGAAGGCAUCGAGUGGUCAUUUAUAGAUUUCUAUGACAACCAGCCGUGUAUUGAUCUGAUCGAAAGCAAACUGGGAAUUCUUGAUCUGUUGGACGAGGAAUGUAAGAUGCCACGAGGAUCUGAUGCUAAUUGGUGUCAGAAGUUGUACAGUAAACACCUUGGGAAGGCUAAGCACUUUGACAAGCCACGUAUGUCAAACUGCUUUAUCAUCGCCCACUUCGCAGACAAAGUCCAGUACCUCGCCGACGGAUUCCUGGAGAAAAACAGAGACACUGUACUGGAAGAACACAUCAAUAUUCUCAAAGCCAGUGAGUUUGAACUGGUUGCUGAGCUCUUUGAUAAACAAGAUCCAAAUCUAAAGAAACCGAGAGCAGGAUCUGCUACAACCCAUCCGACACGAAAUACUCCAAAGGGGGCAGGGCCGAAGUCAAAUCGUAACACUGUAGGAUCACAGCAACAACAGAAGGCAACAGUGGGCGAUCAGUUCCGAGACUCCUUGAAGAUGUUGAUGGAGACACUUAAUGCCACGACGCCACACUACAUCCGGUGUAUCAAACCUAACGACUUCAAAGAGGCAUUCACGUUUGAACCUAACCGAGCCGUGGAACAACUACGAGCCUGUGGUGUGUUGGAGACGAUACGCAUCAGUGCUGCUGGCUACCCCUCAAGGUGGACCUAUAACGAGUUCUUCCAGAGAUACCGAGUCCUGGCUCGCUCCAAGGAUAUCAAUCGAUCAAACCCCAGAAAGACGUGUGAAAAUAUCCUCAUUAAAAUCAUACAGGAUCCUGAUAAAUACAGGUUUGGUAAAACGAAAAUUUUCUUCCGUGCUGGUCAAGUGGCAUACCUGGAGAAAUUACGAUCGGAGAAACUCCGCGCUUGUGGUGUUAUGAUCCAGAAACAUGUCAAGGGCUGGUUGGCACGGCGACGGUACAAGAAGAUCAUGCGGUCUAUAAAGCUGAUACAGAAACACGGCCGAGGAGUGUUAGCGAGAAGACAUGCUAAAUUCCUCCGCGAGACGAGGGCGGCCACCAAGAUCCAGAAAGUCUUUAAAGGUUUCCAGGCUCGCAAAGUCUUCAUGGUCAAGAAAAAAGCUGUGAUAAAAAUACAGGCUUGUAUCCGAGGAUUGUUUGGAAGACGAGAGUACCAGAAACAGAUGCACGAACACCGAGCGGUUGUUAUCCAGCGAUUCGUUCGCGGUUGGUUACAGAGGCGACGAUAUCAUAAGAUCAUACACGGCUUUGUGUUAAUCCAAUCCCACUUCAGGCGACGCAAGGCCAAAGCACAACUCAAGAUUCUCAAGAUUGAGGCGAAAUCAGUGGAGCAUAUCAAGGGAGUAAACAAAGGUCUGGAGAACAAGAUUAUAGAACUACAACAGAAGUUAGACAACCGGAACAAAGAAGUUCAACAGGUCAAGGUCAAGGACACAGAGAUUGCAAACAUGAAAAAUGAAAUGGAGAAACUCCGACAGAACAGUAGCAUGGCUGAAAAAUCAACGAACCGUAUCACGGAAUUACUGAAGCAGAUAGAGGAACUGACGGAGGAGCUAGCCAGAGAGAAAGGGGAGAAACAAGAUCUAAUAUCCGAAAAAGAUCUCAUGCAUAAAAAAAAUGCAGAGUCGACAAAGAUGUUAAUGGAUGAGAACAUGUCCAUUAAGGACCAGUUAAACACAGCGAACGAGAAACUUCGGGAUCAGGAGAAACAAUCGGCAGAUACCAGUAAGGAACAGUUAGAUACGGCCUAUAAAAACAUGGAGGCGGAGUUAGAGUCAGAGCGUGCCCACCACCAACGUCUCGUUAAAGACCAUGCACGUCUGCAACAACGUUUGGAAAAUCUCCAGGGUGAGAUGCAGGUCCUGAAGAGUCCACAGGGACACAAGCGAACACCCUCCGACAUCUCUGCCAUCAGCCUAGAGUCGUAUGCCAGCUCCAUAUCGCCCGAGGAUAAAGAAGAUUUCGAGAAGGAACUUGAUCAGGGUUAUGAAACAACAGAAAAGAAGAAAAAGAAGGGUCCUGCACCGGCCCCUCCCAGCAUAAGUGUGGAUACAGUCGCCAAUGGAACACAUGUUGAGAAGGAUGUGGACAUUGGCCUUGUCCUGAAGCUGCAGAGCCGUAUAAAGGAACUAGAGAAGGACAAAGACAGCCUGCAGAAAAAAGUGGACAAUUUUGAGGACGGUAGUAGUCCGGUGCAUCGCACCUCUGGCGUUAUCUCCGAUUCUGCAUUCGAUGCUCUCAAGAAACAACUUGUGAAUGCUGAGGAUGUAGAAAUCGUAAUUAAGUUACAAAAACGUAUCAGAGAAUUAGAAAAGGCAAAAUCUAAGCUUGUUGAUGAAUUAGAUGAACGUGAAGAAGAGGAUGAAAAUAUGGGGUUCAAAAUUAUGACCCCUGAAUACGCCUAUAAUAAUUUGAAGAUGCAAGAAUUAGAAAACGAAAAUGAUAAGUUAAAACGUGAAGUAGCGAAACUUGUCGCCUCCAUCACUGAAACGACCAACUUCGAUCAGGACGUACAGCUGACUCCCGCUGGCAAGGAGUUCUUGGAACAAUUUGAGGCGAUGACAGAUGAGUUGGAGCGUCGCCGAGAAGAAUGUCUUCAGUUACGAGCAAUGAUGGCUGAACGCAGUAUUACUACGCAUGAGAUCGCCAAACAGUCCUACGGCGGUAUAGACACUAUUGUUAACGAAGACAAUGAACUUUCCAUGGCUUACAGAACACAGAAGGAGCUUAACAGGUUAGAGUUAUCUUUCUUGGAUGUGAAAUAUUUUAUAGAGUUGUCUCCCUUCCUUGUUAGACAUUUUGUAUCAGGAAAAGAUGUAUCUUUUAUUUCAGCAAAAUAUGCUACAAUUUCAUAGAGUU